UUAGGUCAUGAUCUCACAGUUUGUGGGUUCGAGCCCCGCAUCAGGCUCUGCAUUGACAGCUCAGAGCCUGGAGCCUGCUUCAGAUUCAGUCUCCCUCUCUCUCUGUCCCUCCCGUGUGUGUGUCCCCACCCCCCUACCCCACAUAAACAUUUUUAUAAAAUUUUAAAAUCUUCUUUGUACAUCUUAUUUUUUUCUGUUGUAAUUCUGUUUUACCUUCUGUUCCAUUCCUCUUUUUUUUUUUUUAACAACUUUUUUUAAAUCUUCCUCCUCAAGUCUUGCAAAAUGAAAACAAUCCCUUAUGUCUAAAUCUUUCUUCAGAUCUUAUAGAUGAUUACCAUCUCUUCAAAGAUUAGGUAAUAUAGAAGAAAUAAUGGACUUUAUAUUUCCUCACCCCUAGCUACUGUAAGUGGAUUCACCCAGGUUCUGUGUCAUUUGACCACCAUUGACUAGAAGGGGUGCCUGAUUCAUGAGGUAGCCAGUCUUUAACCUCUGACCUGUGUGGCUCAUCAGAGAAAUGUGAACCAUUGAGAAAUGCAAAGGGAAAUUUUAAACUGGUGAUGGUCAGGGAGCUUGCAUUGGGUCAUCUUUGGUCGAAGAUCUUUGGUUGAAACAGAGGAAGCUCUGGCAGAGAGAAGAAAGUAGAGCCUGUAUAAAAUCAGUGAGUGAACAGCCUCUGAGAGAGGUGGCCAGCCAGCUUUUGUUUCUGACAAUGGCCCACAUCCAUUAUUGAAACCCUGUUACAUGUAUGUGUUCUUGUGACCACCCACUGUAUUUACUUGGGGCAGGUAAAGUGGGUUACGUUCUCUCUUACAUGUAAUGGCGUCUAGGCCAAAAUACCCAUGUUUGUCGAAUGCCACCUGGUCCAUCACGCAUUCAAGAAUUCUUUCUCCUAUCAUUUCUGAGUAUGUUGACCAUUUUCUUUUCCUACUUUGUAUUUUUUUCAAUACUCUAUGGCUUAGUAGUUGAGGACUUAAGUUCAGAAGUGAAAUAUAUUGUUUACUCUGGUACUAAAGCAAGUUGUACCAAGUUGUACUCAGCACUUUAGUUUUCUCAUCUGGAAAAUUAGGGUAGAGAUUGGACUUGGCUUGCUGUGAGCAUUUAAUAAAGUAUUGUGUGUAAAGCAAACAGUACCUGACAUGUAGUAAGUGCUUAAUAAAUGUUUACUGUGUUCAAACUUAGGAUAUGAAAAUCUCAGUUAUUACUUUCUAAACUGUCUGUGGUGAAAGAGAAGUUCUUUUUUCCCUCAACCUGCCACAAUCCAGUUUUUUGUAAAAUAUAAUAAGAUUGAAUUACUAGAUUAAAAAAUCAACAAUAAAGACAUAAAAUAUAAGUCCAAUUUUUUAAAAGUUUGAGAGAGAGAAUAUGUGAGCGGGGUGGGGGGUGGGUGGGCAGAGAGAGAGAGAGAGGGAGAGAGAGAGAAUCCCAAGCAGGCUCUGCACUGUCAGCACAGAGCCCUGUGUAGGGCUUGAAGCCACGAAGCCAUGAGAUCAUGACCUGGGCUGAAACCAAGAGUUGGAUGCUUAACUGACUGAGCCACCCAGGUGUCCCAUAAGUCCUGCUUUUAAUUAUAUUUAGUAGACAAAACUAUUCCAUCAAGUUACUACAACAUUUUUAAAAUUCUUACCCUUAACAUUUCUACUGAUCUCAUUACAGGCCAUUAAUACUUUGCAGAGUAUCACUGGUCCAUGGGCUGUACUUUGAGUAGCACUGUUUUAGUGUGUAUGGACAAUCUCCUAGAAGGCAGAACAUGUGUGCACUAACGUGUAGGUGGGAACAAAACAGAAUAACAUUUAGUAGCUAGCAGUUCAAACCCAUUUCUUGACCUGGACAACGUAUGAGGGAUGUCUGAAGCCUCUGGAAUGUCCUUGUCUGAUUGUUACCCUGCCCCUUCCCAGGUCUUGAAGUUGUUGCUCUUUGCCUUUCAGCUCUGCAGUUCUCUAAUUUCUCUUCACUUUGGAGAUUUUCAAAAGAAACAACCAGACGAUGAUUCUGCUCCAAGUACCAGUAACAGCCAAUCAGAUUUGUUUUCUGAAGAGACCACCAGUGACAACAACAAUACCUCGAUAACCACGCCAACUCUUAGUCCCAGCCAGCAGCCGCUUCCGACAGAACUGAAUGUAACUUCACCAAGUAAAGAGGAGUGUGGGCCAUGCACAGACACAGCUCAUGUCUCGUUAAUCACACCAACCAAAAGAUCCUGUGGUACAGAUUCACAGUCUGAGAAUGAGGCUUCGCCAGUGAAACGGGCACGACUACUGGAGAACACCGAACGACCUGAGGAAACCAGCCGGUCUAAACAGAAGAGUCGACGUCGGUGCUUCCAGUGUCAGACCAAACUGGAGCUGGUGCAGCAGGAAUUGGGAUCAUGCCGCUGUGGUUAUGUGUUCUGUAUGUUACAUCGCCUCCCCGAGCAGCAUGACUGUACGUUUGACCACAUGGGCCGCGGCCGAGAGGAAGCCAUCAUGAAAAUGGUGAAACUGGACCGGAAAGUAGGGCGCUCCUGCCAGCGCAUUGGGGAGGGGUGCUCCUGAAGGCCAGGCAUGGCCGCCACAUGACGCUGUUCUUAGUUCACUAAUGUUAGCCUUAUUUAGGACAAAGUCAGCCAGACACCUUGUACUGGGCACGCGUCAGACUACAGCCAGUCCGUUUCCUUUCUUUAGCCAGCCAUCCUGGUACUGUAGUUUAGGGGUUGAUGGUGGUUGAAAUUGAUUUCUGGCUGGUUACUAAGGUGCCUGCUAGCCAUUGUAUAAAAUUAAAACGUGAAGAAUAUUUUUUUUUGAGCAUGGCUAGUGGAUUUAAAACAACACAUACCUGUCACUGCUGGAGUCAAACUUAUAAAAAGCCUUAAGCGGAAAGUGUUCUAGACGGAGACUCUGAGUUAAUAGAGGAGUAGAAGCUGGUGUUACAGUUCCCAUGACGCACAUGGCUUUGCCAGAAACUCUGGUUAAUGUUCGGCCUUUCACCUCUUCACUUAUCCUUAGUCCCAGUAGCCAGGAUACCUGAUGGCCACGCGUGCCUUGGCCACAGGAGGCUGUUGAGAUUGGCCAAGUGGCUGGGCUGGGUGGUGGCUUUGCUCUCCCACAGAGCUGGAAAUGGGGGUGGGGGGGCAGGUUCUUAGGAAAAUUUUUUUACCUGACUUGCUAUGAAAAAACUCUCUCAUCACAGGAGAAGAGAAACAAUAACCUCACUUUGAAAAUUAGUUCCAUUCAAGACUAGUCCAUGUACAAGACCCAUCUUUUCUACACAGGACCCACGGUCGUGAGAAGCAGCCAGGGCGCACCCUGACCCCCCUGGCUCUGGUUUGCCAUUUGCCAAGUGCAGGGAUCUGGCAAUUGAUCAAAUAAGGCUAAUUACAGCACAGCAGCUGCGGCUGGGAUCUACAAACUGGCCUCUGCAGCUAAAUUUCUAUAUUGGGAUUUUUUAAAAAGACAUUUCAUGGCCAACGGGAAUCAGUAGGAGGGCUGGGGAGCGUCUGGGAAGCUGCUGUCCGCAGACUCUGCCCCUUCCAGUGGCACCCACUCAGCCCUCUGUGGGCCGAGAGGAUGGUGCCAUGGCCUCGCCCCUUGUGUCUGUGCAGCUCUGUAGUCCAGGGACAACCUCUACCACGUAGGUUUAGGACGGGCAGGCAGCAUACGCCAGAGGAGCUGUGGGUUGAUCUGUCUAGAACAGUGGUUCGUGGCCCGGCCCGGCUCUGAGAGACCUUUGCUCUGGCAGUGGGGUGGGAGGGCACAUUUAUCAGCCUGUCCCUCUUCAUGCGGGCAGAAAGGAGUCAGUAGCCACGAUAGCUCAGGCCAGGUGGGGAGGGUGGCUCUGGGCCUGUUUGCCCGUGUUAGGGAAUCAUCACCGGUCGGGUGGGGGCGGGGAGGGUGGACAGGAUUAAGAUUCCUGUCUUAAGCCUGAACAGGGUUGAGUGGCCCAGAGACCCCAUCUGGUCCAGGCUGGUGAGAGUCGGAGGCUCCUGCAGAGGCGGUUUGGAUCUGCCCACACACAGGCUACUGGAAUAGUUAACCCAGCAAACUUUCCCUUUUAUACCACAACAAGCAGCUCGACUCUGUCUGCAGUUCACAGCUACACACCUGCAACUACAAGUGGUUUUGAUCCGGAAUACUGAAAUAGGAAAUCAUGCUCUUCCCAGCCUCUUCCUUCCAUCCCACCCCCACCAGAGUGGAAUCCGCUGCAAAAUCUCCAGCCUUAUUCUUGCUUCAGGACCCAGACUGGUGUCUUGCUCUAAGGCAGCCCAGGGCAGAGGGGCCAGGUCUGCCCGCGUUUACCACUGUUGUCAAGCCACGGCCCUCUGGCCAGUACAUGGCCAUCCUCAGUGAGGCGGCCGCCUAGGCCCCCCCGCCAAGCUCUGAUCCCGAAGAGGCCACCCACGCGCCCUUCCGGCCCUCCUCAGGCCCCACCGCUGCUGCUUCGAGGCAGGGAUGGGAGGCAGGCUCUCUGGGGAGCCUGGUGGCACACAGGGCUCGCAGCCCAUGUUCACUUCCUGAUGGUAGAGCUGGGGGUGGGGGGAGGGCUUGUUCCCCUGCAGUAUCUGUUCUGUGAAGUUUGUUAAAUGUAAGGAAAGCUUAAAUUCUUGUAUCUUUAAAAGAGAAGAUCUUAUUUAACCCUUUUGUGUUUUAGAUUUACUUACACACAUAGCCUAGAGCUCAGUUUUAGUUUUAACAUUGUGAAAAUAUUAAAAGAAUCUUGUAACUUUAUUCUUUUUUCUCCUGCUGAAAAAAAAUUAAACCAAUCGUAUGAAA